AUGGAGUCGGUGCUGGAGGCGUUCCGGGUGCAGCAGGACCCACAGGCUCGGCCCGAGCACAUCCGCGACGCGAACCUCUGGCUCGAGCGCUUCCAGUCGACCACCGAGGCGUGGACGGUCGCCGACGGGCUGCUCUCGCUGCCGGCGGAGCAGGUGGGCAACGGCUCGGCGCACGUGUUCGCGGCGCAGACGCUGCGCGCCAAGAUCCAGUACGACUGGGCCGAGCUGCCUCCCCAGUCGCACGCCGCGCUCCGCGACAGCCUCCUCGCGCACGCCGUCCGCUACAGCGCCGGCCCGCAGGUGGUGCUGACGCAGCUCUGCCUCGCGGUGGCGACGCUGGCGCUGCACAUGGAGGCGUGGGGCCAGGCGGUGCCCGAGCUCAUCGGCCGCUUCACCUCGCCGCCGGCGGAGGCGCUCGCCAACCCGCCCUUCGGGUCCCUUCCCUUGCUGGCGCUGGCCAAGCUGCCCUGCCUGCUCGAGCUGCUGACAGUGAUGCCGGAGGAGGCGGAGAACUUCAAGGUCGCCGUCAUGCCGCGGCGGCGCGACGAGUUCCGCGGGCUGCUGCGCGGCGCCGGCCCGCAGGUGGUGGCGCUCCUGGGGCAGGUGCAGGAGCAGUGCCGCGGCUCCUCCCCGCUCGUCCAGGCGUGCCUCCGCUGCACUGCUUCUUGGCUCAAGGCGAAGUCUGUGCCCGCGGACUGCCUGAUGGCGUCGCCGCUGGUCGGGCUCGCGUUUGCGGCGCUCGACGACCAGACGCUCUUUGACGAGGGCAUCAUGCCGCCCGUGCUCGCGCUCGGGCGGCGGUACGACGCGGCUGUGCAGGCGGGGGACGAGGAGGCGGGGGACGAGGAGGUCGCCCGCGCGCUCGUGCGCCUCUUCACCGAGACGGGGGAGCAGUGCCUCCACCUCCUCCUCACGCAGCAGCCCGAGUGGCUCGUCAGCUUGGCGGCCUGCCUCCUGCGCGGCGCCGCGCACCCGGACGCCGACGUCGCCGAGAUCACCUUCAACUUUUGGUACAUGCUCGCGGAGGAGCUCAACGGCGGCGGCCGCUCGCUCAACGACGCGCAGCGGGUGGACGCGCGCGGCCUCUUCGCCGACUGCUUCCGGCAGCUGCUGCAGGCGCUCCGCUCUCUGGUCGAGUUUCCCUCCGAGUCGGACAGCUGGCCCGCCGACCAGGCCGACGACUUCCGCCGCUUCCGGUACGCUGUCGGCGACGUGCUCACCGACGCGUGCAAGGUGCUCUCUUCGACGGCGUGCAUCGAGGAGGUGUACGGCGCGCUGCAGCAGCGGCUGCCGGCCUUUGGCGCCGACCCGGCCGGACAGUGGCGUUCGAUCGAGGCGUGCGUCUUUUGCGCGCGGCAGAUGAUCACGUCGAACGAGCCCGCCUUCUUCACGGCGCCAGUCGUGCACCAGCUUCUCCAGCUGCUGCCCACGCUGCCCGCGGCGGGGGACCUCCCAAACACCGCCAUCCGCACCGUGGGCACGUACGCCAACUGGCUCUCGCGCCACGCAGAGAUGCUACCGCAGAUGCUCACUUACGUCACGUCGGGCCUGCAGCAGCAGCGGAACGCCGCGGCCGCGUCGCAGGCGACUUCUGCAAUGAAGCACCUCUGCGACGCGUGCGCCGAGCACCUCGCCGAGGAGGCGACGAUGGCGCAGCUCAUCCAGAUCUCACGCGCCUCGCCGCUGGCAGGGACGCUCUCCUUCUCGCUCGAGCCCGCGGACCGUGUCGACCUCGUCGCCGCGCUCUCCUUCGUCGUGUCGCAGCUGCCGCUGCCACAGGUCCUGCCCGCCAUGGAGGCCAUCGCGCGCCCGCUGCUGCAGCGGCUACAGGCGGCGCUCGAGGGCGGCGGCGGCCCGGGCGAGGUGUCGGUGCUGCUCGAGCAGCUCUGCGCGCUGCUGGGCAAGGUGUCGCCGGGGGCGAGGCCGACCGCCGACGAGGUGACCGGCUGGUUCGAGCGGCAGCCGCACUCGUGCUUCCUCUACGUCGCCAACGUCUGCUUGCGCGGCUACCACGACGCGCCCGAGCUGCUGCCGACGUUCCGCGAGACGUUCGCGCGCAUGAGCGCCGUCGUCUUCCGCUUGCUCUCCGCCGCACCGACUGCCAUCCCCGACAACCCCGACGUGGUGGACGACUUUUUCGAGCUCUGCUCCACCGUUCUCCGGCUGCACCCCGCCCUGCUCGCCGAGUCAGAGCUGCUCCUCUCCUCCUUCCAGUGCGGCUGCGCGGCGCUGCGCAUCCAGCACCGCGAGGCGAACCGCGCCGUCGUCGGCUUCUUCGAGAUGCUCCUCGCGGGCGCGCGCGGCAACCUCUCGCCGGCAGCCUUCAACGGGAUCACCACCCUGUUGGUCGCGAACGGCGCGCAGCUGGCGCAGGAGCUGCUGCUCGCAAUCGCGGGGCUCGUGCCGCCGGCGCGCGUCCGCUUCCUCUCGCCUGUGCUCAAGGGGCUCGUCCUCGUCGACUACGCCGCCUCGCGCAGCUGGCUCGAGGCGGCGGUGCAGGCGCUGCCGCCCGGCGGGCACAUGGACGGCGCCACGCUGCUGCAGGCCAUCUACAGCGCCGAGGCGCUGGCGCGCGACGACCGCGGCGCGGGCGACCGGGUCUUUGGCCAGGCGGCGGAGGCGCCGCGCGCGGGCGGCGCGCGCGGCUCCGCUUCUGAGCGUGGUCCGUGA